AACUUAGCAAUCACUAAAAUAUUUUGUCAAAUGUCAGUAGGCGUUUCAAAGCAAGAUUACCAGUCGUUGCUUCUAGUCGGCCAUAUCGCCUCCACCAACCACGAUCGGGUCUUAGAAUUCAGAGCCAUUUUGUAAGUAUUAGGGUUCUGUAGAUUGAAAAUAAUGGUCAGGCUAGUACAUCACCGAAGUAAUUAAUACCCUGCGGUUAUAGACCAGGGUCCACCCUAAGGCGAGCUGUAGGCGAGGCCGGAAAUAUUUCCUUUGCAGCUUCCCAUACACAUCCGGUAAUUAUCUACCAUGGAUUCCGACGCCAUGGAUGUAGAUAUGGAAGAUAGCACUUCGUAUCAGACAGCGGCUGAAGAGACGUCUUUAAGUGGCGAAUCGAUUCCACCAGUUCCCCCACCUCCGCCACCCCAACCUACCCUAGCCACGCCUCUUGCCGCCAUUGCAACCAAUCCAUUACCCUCAUUACAACCGCAUGCAGAACAAUCACCUCAUGUACCAUCGGCAACAGUACCAUUCGCUACAGCACUACCCGUUACAGUGCCAUCCGCAACAGUACCACCCGUUACAGUGGCAUCAGCCACAGUACCAUCCGCUAAUGUACCAUCUGCUGUAAUCUCCUCAGCAAACGCAGCAUCCCCAGCAUUACCCUCCCCUCCCAUACCGUCCCCACCAGCUGCCAUGUCUCGAUCCCCGGGGAUGGUUUCACCCGGACUCUACUCCCCCAUCAUCCGUUCCGGGACGGUGUCCCCUAGCGUGCACUCCGGAGUUAAGAGCCUGUCGUCGGAAGAUCGCCAACGGCUCGCUAACAUGCUGCGCGCGCUGCAAAUCCAGCAACAGGCGCAAAUGCGCCAGCAGGCGCAAGCGGAAGCGCAAGCAGAAGCGCGCGCGGAAGCUCAGGCCUCCGCCUCCGUGGGUUCCGCGGAAGCGAGCGGAAGCAGAUCGGCGGAAGAUGGAGCAGCGAGGCCCGCUGAAGCUGGCGCGGAGAGGGGUGCGGACAUGGCGGUGGAUGCGCCGGUCUGCGCGCUAGGGGGCACGAGGGAGCGGGACAGCCGGUGGAGAGAUUUGACGACGGUGAAUGGGGAAACAGCAGGCUCGGGGGCUGAUUUGCCGCCGCUUCCUUCGUCGCCCCCUCCUGGGAGGGCUAUGAGCCGCAAGGACAUUUUGGAAAUAGUCCGGAAACAUUCGGGGUCCCUGGUGCGGCCAGCGACCUCCCUAGACGCCACGGGCACGGAGGCGCAGCAGACGGCGCUGAUGAUGGACCGGCGGUAUUGGCAGGAGAUGACGGACCUCUUCUUCGUGCGCGGCGUGGAGAUCCGAGGGGAUGCGAGUCAAGACGGGUCGUUCCGCGACAUGGUGUUCUUCGUUAGAAGCGAGAGCCCUCCAACGCAACCAGUUAUAAAGCGCCCACUGUCUGCCUCCGCUACAGCCACUGCUGCCAGCAGCGCAGCUGCCAAUAACGGGAGAACCAGUGCCUCUCCUCCUUCUCCUGCUCCUGCUGCCCCUGCUCCUGCACCUGCUCCUGCUGCUCCUCCUGCUCCUGCUCCUGCUGCUGCGGCUGCUGCUGCUCCUGCUUCUGCUUCUGCAUCUACUCCCGUUUCUGCACCGGUUUCUUCGGCUUCUCCUGCUCCUGCUCCUGCUUCUUCGUCUGCUCCCGCUUCUGCUGCCACUCCUGCUUCUGCUCCCGUUUCUGCUUCUGCCUCUGCUUCUGCGCCUCCUGCUUCUUCGUCUGUGUCUGCGUCUCCUGCCAGGGGCCCAUCCAAUGCGGCUUCUGCUGAUGCUGCUGCUGCUGCAAUGCCAAUUCCCCCAGGGGCUUCUGCCACUAAGGCUGCGCCCAAGCUGACAGAAACAGCAGCAGCAGUACCGGUACCAGCACCAGCACGUGCAGCUGCAGUUGUCGUGGCACCAGCAGGUUCAGUGACCACAGAGGCAGCAGCAUCAGCAGUAGCAGCAGCAGUAGUGGGAACAACAGGCACGAAGGAAGGGGCAGCUGAGGCAGCAAAAGUGGCAGCAGGUGUGGAGCAAGUUGAAACUACAAGUUCAGGUGCGAUAAAUUCAGGUAAGGUAGAAGCCACGGCAGCAUUGCCUGCAGUAUCUACUGCCAUAGUAGCUGGCAGCACAACAGCAAGAGUAGCACCAACAACACCAGGAGAAGCUGCAGCAUCAAGAGCGCAAACAGCUGCAAUAUCAGCAGCACCGUUACCACCGGCACCUGCAACGGCACCAACACCGCCACCAGCAACGGCAGCAACCCUAGCAGCAGCAGCAGCAGCAGCAACGCCACCAACAGCACCAGCAGUAGCAACACCAGCACCAGCACCAGCAGCAGCAAUGCCACCACCAGCAACACCACCAUCAGCACCGGCAGCAGCAACGACGCCAGCAGCAACACCACCACCAGCACCAGCAGCAACACCAGCUGCAGCAGCAGCAAUAACACCAGCAGCGGCAGCUGCAACAGCAAGAGACGCAUCCCCCAUGCCAGCCUUCCACCUCUACUGCUCCAGCAGCAGCGGUAGCAGCAGCAGCAGCAGCAGCAGGAGGAGGAGGAGGAGGAGGAGGAGGAGGAGGAGGAGGAGGAGGAGGAGGAGGAGGAGGAGGAGGAGGAGGAGGAGGAGGAGGAGGAGGAGGAGGAGGAGGAGGAGGAGGAGGAGGAGGAGGAGGAGGGAGGAGGAGGAGGAGGAGGAGGAGGAGGAGGAGGAGGAGGAGGAGGAGGAGGAGGAGGAGGAGGAGGAGGAGGAGGAGGAGGAGGAGGAGGAGGAGGGAGGAGGAGGAGGAGGAGGAGGAGGAGGAGGAGGAGGAGGAGGAGGAGGAGGAGGAGGAGAGGGAAGUGGGGGAGUACGUAGUGCUGGAGGAGGAACAACAGCAGGAGCAGCGGCAGGAGCAGCGGCAGCGGCAGGAGCAGGACCAGCAUCAGGAGGUAGUGGUGGGAGCGGAAACGGUGAAGGGUCGUUAGGUGGUCAAGCGGCUGCUGCGGUGCCUCCCCAGCCCACCAUCCCAGUCACCCUAGCUGCGGCUGCAGCUGCUCAUGCCAGGACUCCUGUAGCUCUUGCCCGUGCUGCUGCUGCUGCUGCUGCUGUUGCUGUUGCUGCACAAUCAGCCGAAGCGGCAGCAGCAGCAGGAGUGGCAGUGGGGGGAGCGGCAGGAGCAGUGGGCGGAGUGGUGGGAACUCCCAAGGGGGCUCCUGGUUUGAAGGCGGCACAAGGCGGGGGCGAGGAGGGGGACGGGGCAAGAGCUAGUGCGACAGGGGAGAGGGAAGCGAGUGGAGAGAAGGGCGGUGGUGGGAAGCCUGCAGCAGCUGCAGCACAGAGCAAGGCGGAGAGUGGGAAGGCGAGUGGGAUUGAUGGUCAUGAGGGUGCAGGGACGGAGUGCAAGGAUGCUGGUCGUGGCGGUGGAGGCGGUGGUGGUGACAGCAGUGGCGGUGGUGUUGACCUUGUUGUAAGAGAGGUUGAAGGGCAGCAAGGGAGGAUGGGCGCAGUAUCAGCAGCUGGGAAGGAAAAAACAGAGGAGGCAGGGAAGGGGAAUGGGGAGGAGAGGGAAGGAGAAGGGACAGAGAGGAAGGUACCAAAAGGCAAAUCAGGAGGGCAAAUGGCUGCAGGUGGGGGGGGGAGGAGCAGUGCUGGAAAUGCUGGAAAUGCUGGCAAUGCUGGCAGCAGCAAGAAUGGCGGCGGUGGCAGAAGUGGCAGUGGAGGAGGUGGCUCAGCCUCGGUAGAGCCUGCUGCUAAGCGGCUUAAGGGCACUCAUGAUGUGACCAUGCCCCCAUCGUCGCCGCACUCUCCACCCUCACCAUCUGUUGCCACAGCUUCUGUUCCGGUCACAGGUGCUGCUUCAGGUGCUGCUUCAGGUGCUGCUUCAGGUGCAGUUUCAGGUGGGAAACCGCGUGCUCCCAUGUCCAUGACUGCUGUUCUGGCUGCCGCUAAGUUUCCAGGUGGCCUAUCCAAUAGGACAGGAGGGAAGGCCACGGCAGGAGCAGCAGCAGCUCGAGAAGAGGCGGGUAAGGAGAAGUCAGGGGAAGGCGGGCGAGUGAAAGAGAGGGGCGGAGAGAGACGAGAGGCGGGAGGUCCAGGAAGCAAGAGCUUUCGAGACAAGGAGAAGCCAGGGGGAGAGAAGGAGAAGCUAGAGACAGCUGGAGGAAGAUCAGGUGUCACUGGUCACAACAAUAACAGCAGCAGCAGUGGCAGCAUCAGCGGGCGGCUGGCUUUGUCCUCAGCUGCUCUUCACUCCCCGCAGCUGCUGCCUCUCCUUCCGUUGCUCCCUGGCGGACCUAACUCUCAAGCGGCUCCGCCAACUAAGGAAGAGCUCUCUGCUGUUGUCUCCUCGCUGCCUGCCAGCCGAGCUGCUGCUGCUGCUGCUGUGGCUGCUGCUGCUGCUGCUAAUGCUGUUGCUGCGGCUGCCACCGUUGCUGCUGCUGGGAGCAGUGGUGGGGGUGGUGGUGGCCGUCGUAGAGAUGGUGGUACAGCAGGUGGUACUGUGGGUUCAGCAGGAGUAGCAGGAGCAGCAGCAGCAGGAGGAGGAGGAGCAGGAGGAGGAGGGGGCGUAGGAGGAGCAGGAGGAGCAGGGGUAGCAGCAGCAGCAGGGGUAUCAGGUGCAGCAGGAAGAGCAGGAGCAGCAGCAGACGCACGGGAUGCGGAAUCUGGCUCCACGGGGCCUGCUCGUUCCUCCCUCUCUCGCACCUCACUUCCUCUCCCCACUGCAGCUGCUGCCGCUCCUCCCAUGGCUCGCCCUCCUCUCACACCCUCCUCUGCCUCUCAGCCCUCCACCAGUGCUGCAUCCACGCCUGCUGCUGCGUCUACCUCUGCUGCUGCUGCCCCCCCUGCCGCUGUUGCUGUCACAUCGGUCAAGCAGCAGCAGCGGGAGCAGCAGCGACAGCAGCAGCAGCAGCAGCAGCAGCAGCAGCAGCAAGCCACGGCACAAGGGGCAGCGGCUGGGCGAGGGGGGUCAGGGGGCCCAGGGGGUCCAGCAGGGGCAGCAGGGUUGGGAGGAGUGCUGGAGGCCCUUCCUCGCGCGGCGCCCCCUCCCAUCCCCCCUCAGCUCUUAGCUCGAGCUGCCACAUCCCGAGAAGACAUCACCUCUCCCCUGCCAAAGAUCCCCUCCCUUGCCUCCCCUCCCCCUGCUGCUGCUGCAACUGCCCCUGCAACAGCCCUUGGCACUGCUCCUGCCACUGCUCCUGCCACUACUUCCGCCCCUGUCUUGGUUGCCAUAGGAUCAGCAGACCUUACUGAUACCCCUAGCCCUAACCCUAACCAGAACUCUAACCCAACCGCUGGUCCUAUUCCACUUCCCAGCCCCUCAGCAGGUCCCCUCUCUGUGUCCCAAGCAGCCGCUGCUAUGGCUGCAGCAGCGGCGGCAGCGCUGGGGAACGCAUCUAUCCCCUGUGGGGUGUCCGCCCGGCUGUCCCCUGCUCCUGCCACUGCUGCUUCUGCUUCUACUGCUGCUGCUCUUGCCGCUAGUGCUGCUGCUGUUGCUGCUGCUGCUGGUGGUGCCGGUGCUGCCACCCCAACAUCUGGUGUAACCCACCUGUCAACUGUCUCCCCUGCAGCAGCUGCUGCUAUGGCUGCAGCCGCUGCAGCCACAGCAGGCAGGCUGACCCCUCCGCCCCUCUCCUCUCUCGUCCCCACUCUUCCACUCCCUGCCGCUGCUGCCACUGGGGCUGCAGACGCUUCUCUAUCCUCCUUUCUGUCGUCUUCAAUAACCGCUGCUGGCGCAUCCACUCUCCCGUCGUCCAUAUCCCCCUUUUCUCACAUGCGUCCACCAAACUUAGCCCCUCAUGGCAUGCCAGCAGUGCCAGGAGGGUCGGUGCUUCUGCCUCCAGGGUUCCCUCAUCACAUCAUGCACAUGCCGCACCCAGCAGCAGCACAUGGGUACUUCUUCCCUCCUCCCAAGCCGGGUGAUCCUGCUGGUGCUGCAGCUGCCGCCGCCGCUGCUGCCGCUUCUCUCUUUGCCUAUGGGCUCGGCCCCAUGCCCUUUCUUCACAUGCCCUCUGCCACUUCUGCUUCUGCCGCUGCUGCUGCUGCUGCCACAGGCGGCGGGAAGAAGGAAGAUGAGGGAGAUGGUAGGCGUGUGGGUGUGAAGCGGCCAUCUAUGGAUUUGAACGGUGAGGCCAAGGCAGAUAGUGAGGAGAGUGGCGAAGGGGAUAGGGAGAAGGGGUACAGUGCUGCUCCAAGUGCUUCUGCUGCUGCUGCUGCUGCUGCUGCUGCUGCUGCCUCCUCAUUCCCCCACACGGCUCUUAUUCCCAGCCCCAACGGCACUCUCAUUCCAUGGCCGAUCCCUCCAGCCGCAGCAGCCGCUGCUGCAGCUGCUGUGGCCGCGGCAGCGGCAGCAGGGGCAGGUCGUCCUCCCCACCCCACUCCAGGCGCAACCUCAGGUGCCCCAGGCGGAUCAGCCGGAAUUCUGGUUCCUUCCGUAUCCCCUGCCACCGGCGGCGCUCUUGCGUCUGCUGCCGCUGUUCCGUACACGCUCGCCCCAGCUCCCCAUGGAGCGCACCCCUCCCCCUUCCCUGGUGCGCCCUUCGAUCCCUCGUACCUCCCGUUUCUCCCCGGCGCCCUGCCGCUGGUAGCCUCCUCGCUGCCUGUGGAUGGCUCGGGCCUUACCAAGCAAGCAGCACAGGCUGUGGGGAAGCAGCUCGCUGCGCUGGUGCUUGAGGCUGGUGGCUCGGACUCACAUGCUGGUGCUGGUGCUAAUGCUAGUGAACUAGUUGAUGGGGAACGGGAAGGAGGGCAGAAAGGAAGAGGUCAAAGGGAAGGGGGGAGGGGGGCAAGGGAUACAAAGGAGGGUAAAGAGCACAGCACAGGGGAGAAAGAAGAGGAGUUGGAUGAGGAGGACGGAGGAGGAGGAGGAGGAGGAGGAGGAGGAGGAGGAGGAGGAGGAGGAGGAGGAGGAGGAGGAGGAGGAGGAGGAGGAGGAGGAGGAGGAGGAGGAGGAGGAGGAGGAGGAGGAGGAGGAGGAGGAGGAGGAGGAGGAGGAGGAGGAGGAGGAGGAGGAGGAGGAGGAGGAGGAGGAGGAGGAGGAGGAGGAGGAGGAGGAGGAGGAGGAGGAGGAGGAGGAGGAGGAGGAGGAGGAGGAGGAGGAGGAGGAGGAGGAGGAGGAGGAGGAGGAGGAGGAGGAGGAGGAGGAGGAGGAGGAGGAGGGGGGGGAGGAGGAGGAGGAAGAAGAGGAGAGUGGGGUGCAGGAGAGGGGGACGAGAGCGGGGAGCAAGGGGCGUUGAGUGUCCCCAUGCGCGUCACGUUCCGGUACUGCUUGGAGGGGCCGUGGGCGCAGGCAGAGUUUCUCAAGGCGGUGGCGCGGCGCGUGGGGAGGGAGGGGAUGGCGCAUAUGGCGGAGAAAGUGGCGGAGAUCACAGGGUGCAGGCACCAGGGCGAGCAAGUGGGCAUGGCGUGGGCGCUGCUGGUGGAGGAGGAGCGCGCGUGGCAUGCCAUGAGUCAGGGCGAACACACCGCGCCGUGGGCCAAAGCGUGUGAGCAGCUGGAGGGGAAACUGCUGCAAGCUGUGGGCAGCCUGGAGAGACGGCUCACUGCUAAGGACAAGGAGUAUCUGCAGCGUGUGGCAGGGUGCGGGGAGGCGGUGGCGCGGGAGCAGUGGGAGCGCGUGUGGCGGUGGUUCUACCCUCUCGCCCUCGCCCUGGCACGUGCGCACCUGCGCCCCUCGUGGCUGUCGCUCGCGCCCCUCUGGGUCAUGGGCGCCGUCUCCAGGGAGGAGUCCGAGACCCUGCUGGCACACAAAACGCAGGCGUCCGCCCCAUCGUCCCCUUCCUGGUACCUCAUCCGCUACCCAUCGGCUGCCACUGCCUGGCCGCACCCUGAUGCCGGCUCGCUCGUCGUUAGCUUCGCCGCCUCCCAGGGGGCAGGGGGGGCAGGGGGAGUGGGGGGAGGCGGGGAAGGGGUGGAGGCAGGGGUACGCGUGCAGCACAGGCUGUUGUGCCUGCAUGCUGAUGCUGCUGGGGCAGGCAGCCAAGCACCUGAUGCCACAUGUCCUCCUGACAGGCCCCUCCCUGACCUCCUCCAAUCAGAGCCCCAGCUGGGCCAGUUGCUACCUCCCCCACCUGCGCCCUCCCCUUGGUCCCUCAGUGAAUGGGAAACUGCUGCCGCUCUCCCUCCCCCUCCCCACCUCAUCCUCCCCCUCCCCGCUCCUCCCCCCACUUCUGAGGGGGAGGAUGCUGGGCCUGUUGUGGGGGUAGGGGAGAACGCUGGGGGGAAGCAUGGGGGAGGGGCGGGGCGUGGACUAAAGAGAGGGAGGGAGGAGCGGAAGGGUGUGGGGGAGGGGGAGGGGGAAGGGGAAGGGGAUAGGGAGGGAGGUGGGGCAGGAGAGAAGAGAAGGAAAACGGGUGCUGGAGGGGGGAGAGGGAGAGGGAGGAGGAGACACGGAGGGGAGGAGGAUGGGUUAGGUGAUGGGAGGGGAGCCAAUGGGUCUGGGAGGGGCGGGAGCAGGCGGCCAAGUGAGAAGGAGAACGAGAGUGGGGAAGAAAGAGGAGGUGGAGACGGAGGGGGGCAGAUGGAGGUGGGUGAAGGGGAGGUGGAGAACGGGACUUGGGGAGGAGACAACGAGAGGGAUCCCCGGCUCGUGGAUGGGUCAACCGCCGCAGGCAAUAGCAGCACUGCUGCUGCUGGUGCUGCUGCUGCUGGUGCUGCUGCUGCUGCUGCUGCUGCUGCUGCUGCUGCUGCUGCUGGUACUGCUUCAGGUGCUUCUGCGUUGCCUCAGCCUCCUGCCUCUGACCUCGCCUUCCCCUGCCUCUCCUCUUUCCUCGUGCCUGCUCCUGAAGCAGCCGCCAUCGCUGCUGCUUCUGCCGCUGCCGUUGCUGCAGCGGCAGCAGUUGCUGGUCCCACUUCUGCUGCCUCUUCCUCAUCUGCUCCGUCUGCUCCCCCCACCACUUCCACCUCCGCUGCUCCUCUCUGGUCCUCCCUCCCUCCUCCUUCUCGCUCCCACCACUCCCCCAUCCCUCCUCUAGGACCCUACGGCCCUAUGCAGUCUGCAGCAGCAGCAGCAAUGGCAUCAGCAGCAGCGGCUGCAGCAACCAGACUCCACCCCCCUGCCAUGCCCACCUUCCGUGUCCCUCCCUCCCUUGCUGCUGCUCCUUCCGCCCCUAUACCUCGUUUGCCAGCCGCUGCUACCACCACUACCGCCACCCCUGCUGCCCAUGCUCCCAUGCGCGCACCUCCUGCCCUUGCCCCUGCCAACAUGCCCCGCUCUGCUUCCCCCUUCACUGCUUCCGCCUCCACUCCUUCCCUGACAGCAACAGCAACACCUACUGGUGCGGGAGCACCACUUGAUACUUCUCAAAGGCCACCCACAUCCACAUCCAUGCCUCCAUCGCCAGCACCACCAGCACUACCAGCACCCUCCACUGGCCCCCCCUCCACAUUCCCUCCUCCCUCUCUCCCUCCCUCCCACUCUGCUCCCUCACACGCCUUCCCUCCUCCCACAGCCCACGCUCACACCUCCACCAUGCGCCCACCCAGUAGCAUCCCCCCGCCGCCUCCCCCCCACCACUCGUCCCUCUCCUCCCUUGCAUCCCACUCGCUCCCUUCAUCCUCGUCCUCCACUCCACCGCACCAGCAGGACACCUCCCCGUGGCCCCUGGGCCCGCCCAUUCUCUCCUCCAUUCCCCCCCUGCCGCCCUCCCUCCCCAGCCACACCCUCGCCGCAUCCCUUGCCUCCUCAACGUCCUCCCUGGGCUUGCACCUCGCGUCGCCCUUUCCUCUCAACUCCACCUCUGCUGCAGCGGCAGCAGCAGCUGCAAUGGCUGUUGCUGCUGGCAUGCCUGCGCCACCUCCCCUCCCCAGAUCCUCCCCCUCCCCUGCAACACAUGCAGUAGCAGCAGCAUCAGGAGGAGGAGCAGCGGGAGCAGGAGCGGGGCACGGACUUUCUCGCAACCAAUACACGUCUCUCCUUGCGUCAACCAUCUCUUCGACUCAGCCGCUUGAAGCGGGCCCUACUUCCACUUCCACUCCUGCUACUGCUGCCACUGCUACUGCUGCUGCUGCUCCUUUCCACGGCAUGGCUCCCCUUCACGAAAGGUCUCGUCCCCCCAUCGAUACCAUGGCUCCAUCCCAUUCUGGCUCUACCCAUUCCGCCCCUCCUGUCCCUGCUGCCAGGGCUGCUGCCGGAGCAUCCAUUUCGCCCAGCCCCCCGCGACCAUCCCUCCUGUUUGGGGCGGACAUAAGUGCCGCACCGGCUCAAGCACAGGCAAGGGGGCUGGCAGGGAAGGCUGCAACUGGGGUGGGUGGUGCUGCAGCAGGUGCUUCUGGGACCAAUGUAGCUGCUUCUGGUAAAGCGCCUGCUUCUGUUGCUGCUGCUGUGCCUGGGGCUAGGACCUCUCCUUCCCCUGCCGCUGCUGCUGCUGCUGCUGCUGGGGCUGCCAGUAGAGUGUCUCCUUCUCCUGCUGGCAGAUUCCCUGCUGCUGUUCUCAAUACUGCUGCUGGAGGUAUGGAGCGAGAGGGCUUCACUGAGCAAUGCACGGCAGGGAGAAGACGAGGUGAUGACGCAUCAGCUGGUGCUGGUUCUGGUGGUGGUGGUGGCGGCGGCGGUGGUGGUGGGGAUCGGGUGUCUAGGGGAAGGGGACGGAGAGGAGGGGUCGGCGGCCGGAAGGAGGGUGGUAGAGGUGGAAUGAUUGUGGGGCAGAAGCUGGUAAGAAAUUAUGAAACGAGAGAUGGUGGUAAACGAUUGGUUCUUGACUUGGAGUUUGUUGCGGGUCCACACAAAGAUAGAGCCGCGGCUACUGGCGCCACCGCUGCUCCUCCUGGCACAACAGCACAUGUGGCUGCUGCUUCUGGAUCUGUGCCUGCUGCUGUGUCUGCUGUCGCAGCUCCAGCUGGCUGGUUUCCUGGGGCAACUGCAGACACUAUGGGUCAAGCUAACUCUUCAGUGGGUAGUGGUCAACAGCAGCGAAGCUGAGCUAACUGUUACAUAGUAAAGUCUCGUUACCGUGGAUAGUGAGUAAUUGCAAUUUUGCAUUUGUCGUGGAAUUUGCGGUUUCAGGCACUUCAUGAUUAACUUGGUAGUUUGUUUUGUGUACUUAUGCUGCGGUGUGUAGUUACGUAACUUACAUUGAAAGUGUUGGGCUGAGAAAAACCCUUAGGAUCUUUUGCAGAGACUAAGUCCCAGCUGUAGAGACUUGAGACUUGGGGUAGUGCAGCGGAAGUUGAGGCAGUUGAACCCUUGUACUAGUAUGUGAGAACAAGAUCUUUUGCAGAGACUAAGUCCCAGCUGUAGAGACUUGAGACUUGGGGUAGUGCAGCGGAAGUUGAGGCAGUUGAACCCUUGUACUAGUAUGUGAGAACAAGUGAUUAUAAAAAGGCAAACAUACA